AUGCGGCCUCCUUUCUCCUUUGUGGCCGUGAUUGUUGCCUUCCUCCUGGCAAUGUCCCACACACAGCGGCAGCGAGACGGCGCAUUCAUCGCCAGCGCUGCUCCUCUGGAGCGGGCACAGGACAAGCACAUGAUCGACACAGGGGGCACGGAUGAGAACCCAUUCAGUCGAGACCGCAAGAGCUUGACGCCCCACCUCAGCAACGACGACAGUGCUGGUGAUGGUGGGAUCAAUGACUAUGCCGUGCGCAAUGACGACGAUGACUUUGACGACGAUGAUGACUACUACAACGAUGACGAUGACAACGAUUACUCCAGCGAUGACUACGAAAAUUACGAAGAUUACUACGGCAACUACAGCGAUGCGGAUGACGACGAUGCGGACGAUGAUGAUGAUGGUGGCAGCAACCGCAGCGACGAUGAUGAUGAUGGCGAUGAGGACGUGUCUGUACGAGACAGGGUAGCGUUCUACCCCUGGUCAUCAUCGUCAUCGCCGCUGCCGUUACACGUGGCACAGGACACGGACACGGGUGCAGCGUCACCGGCAGCAACGACGACGACACGCGCCGGUGCGGGGCCAUCGCCGCCGCUGUCCACCUCCGCCAACACCGCUGUUGACGCGUCUGCGCUGGUGCGAUGCGGCACGCGCAACGUGUCUGCAGAAGAGGAGGCGGCGACACAGGCCAUGCUCCGCGCAGCACAGCGACCCCGCCGAGCAGGCAGCAGCACCAACAACGGCGGCGGCGGUGGUGGUGGUGGCGAUCCCGAUGCCAGCCCGCUGCUGGUGGUGCCUGUCAUCUUCCAUGUGCUGCACGCUGCAGACGGCACUGGCCGGGUGGACGCCGCCACCAUCGCGGCGCAGGUGGAAGUCAUGUCUGACGCGUUUAGGGGGCGGACGGGCGACGCAGACGCGGUGGACAUUGGCAUGCAGUUUGAACUGCGCGGCGUCAACUAUGUGGCGAGCGACGCCCUGUACACGACGUGCGGCAACCCAGACGCCGCGAGAGACAUCAAGAACGCGCACGUGAUUGACCCCGCCACCACGCUCAACGUGUUCACGUGUAGCCCUGGCAACGGCAUCCUUGGCUUUGCGGUGUUUCCAAACGACUUUGCGGAGACGAGCAAGCAGCACGCCAUCUUCGUGGACCACAACUCGCUCCCUGGCGGGCGGCUGACGUGGUAUGGCGAAGGUGACACGGCCGUGCACGAGGCUGGGCACUACUUUGGGCUCCUGCACACGUUCAGCCGCGGCGUGUGCAGCGAGGCGAGCGGCGAUGAGAUUGCAGACACGCCGCUGCAGAAGACGGCAACACAGGGGUGCCCUGCACAGCGCGACACGUGCCCCAAUGCGCCGGGCCUUGACGCAAUAUGGAACUUUAUGGACUACUCGACGGACGCGUGUGUGACGCGGUUUACGCCGCUGCAGCGGCUGCGCAUGCGGGAGCUGAUGCGACUGCGCCGGCCCACGCUCUACGCAACGGCGGCAGCACGCGGCGCGGUGCUCGCCUCGCAGUCGACAACAACAACAACCACAACCAGCACAACAACCUCAACGACAACUACAACAACAACCACAACGACAACAACAACCACCACGACAACAACAACCACCACCACGUCAACAACAACAACGACAACAACAACCACAGCGAACCGCACUGGUCUGAGCGAGAAGACGUGCAGCGAGCUUGGGUGGACGUCCUAUCGGGGGGUGUGCUUGGCAACGGCAAUUGACCGAACAGGGUGGUGUCGCCGGCGCAAGCAGAACAAGGUCGCCCGCACGUGCGAGGGCGUUGGCGCGCGCGUGUGCACGGUGGAGGAAGUUGCCGUAACACCGCCCAGCCGCACGUGUCCGCGACACAACCGUGACCGCUUCUGGACAGAUACACCAUGUGUACGCCGCAAGAACCACGUGCAGACGGCGCGGUUCAAGAAGGCGCGUGUCCGGUUUUCCUGCACGAAGCCCCAGCGCACGCGCGCUGUCGUGUGCUGUGCUGACGACUGA